AUGCUCUCGACUGCUUCUACCAUCGACGCCGCCAUCCAGGAGGCGACCGCCGACCCGUACACGGACCUCCCGCGCGCCGUCGUCGUCGCGGCGACCUCGACCGACGAGGUGUACCGCGGUCACGGCGGGUGGGCCCAGCUUCCGCAGGACCCGACCAAGCUCGAAGCAGAAGGCGAGCGCAUCAAGGUCGACUCGGUGUUUGAGCUCUUCUCGAUGACCAAGUUGCUGGGCGCCCUCGCCGCGCUCCAGUGCGUCGAGCGGGGCCUCUUCUCGCUCGACGACGACGCGAGCCAGUACGUCCCCGAGCUCAAGACGGCCAAGGUGUUUGUCGGGUUCGACGAGGACGGCAACCCCAAGCUCGAGGACAACUCGACGCCCAUCACGAUCCGCAUGCUCGCGACGCACACGGCCGGCUUUGGCUACCACUUCUGGCACCCGGCCGUCGCGCAAAUCGCCAAAAAGGUCGGCGUCUCGCCAAUGCCGUACGUGCACGGCGCGACUCGGAACGAGAUCGUCUGCGUCCCCAUGGUUCAGCAAGUCGACCCUCACCCCGACCUUCUCAACAAGCCCGGCGAGCACUUCGAGUACGGCACGAGCAUCGACUGGCUCACUCUCGCAGUCGAGGCGGUCACUGGCACUGAGCUGGAGAGCUACCUUCAGCAGAACAUCCUCGGACCUCUCGGCAUCGCCGACAUCUCGUACAAGCCCAACCCGAAGCAGAUCUCGAUGGCGUACGUCGGCGAGGACGGCAAGUACCAGUUCGCGCCGUCGGCGCCGCAGACCUCCGUGCAACACUUUGGCGGCUCGGGCCUCAAGGGCCCGAUCACUUCGUAUCUGCGCCUCCUUCGCGCUCUUCUUCGCGGCGGCGAGCUCGACGGCGCGCGCAUCCUCAAGCCCGAGACGGUCGACCUCAUGUUCGAGGACAACCUCAACGAGCAGCAGCGGGUCGACUUCCAGACGUUCAUGGUUCGCGAUGCCGACCCGUCGACGCGCAAAGCGGGCAAGUCGCUGCCCGACAUGACCUACGGCAUCGGCGGCGGCCUGAGCGGCAAAGGCCUCGCGUCGGGCCGAGGGUCCAACGCGCUCUUCUGGAGCGGUCUCGCUAACACGCACUGGAUCGUCGACAGGGAGCGCGACGUGUGCUUCCUCGUCGCGACCAACAUCCUCCCUUUCUCGGAGGAGCGUCUCUACCAGCUGUGGGACAAAGUCGAGAAGGCCCUCUACGAUGGCCUGCCCAAGGCGUCGACGGAGACCCAGUGA